AAGACCCACGCCUGGCAUUCUUGUCGUUCGAGCGAAAACAUUUUCAUUCCUCUAUUCCGUUGCAAUUUUUUUAAGAAGUACAUCAAAUUAUCAAGAAUGGACGUCAGACCCAACAGCACGAUUUACAUUAAUAAUCUCAACGAGAAAGUCAAGAAAGAAGAACUGAAGAAAUCAUUGUAUGCGAUUUUUUCCCAAUUUGGACAAAUUCUUGACAUUGUGGCUUUAAAAACUUUAAAGAUGAGAGGACAAGCCUUUGUCAUUUUCAAGGAAGUAACUUCAGCAACAAAUGCCCUCAGAGGAAUGCAAGGCUUUCCAUUUUAUGAUAAACCUAUGCGCAUCCAAUAUGCAAAAACAGAUUCUGAUGUUAUUGCCAAGAUGAAAGGAACAUUUCAAGAGCGUCCUGCCAAACCAAAGCCUGAAGGAGAACCCAAGAAGAAGAAGAAGAAGGAAAGUAAACAACAACAAGUUGUCACUCCUGGAAGCUUUGGUGGCCCAGCUACUUAUGGAUAUCCAGCAAUUGGAGGAGCUGGAGUUCCUGAGCAACCCCCUAAUCAAAUCUUGUUCUUAACCAAUUUACCAGAAGAAACUAAUGAAAUGAUGUUGUCAAUGCUCUUCACUCAAUUUCCUGGAUUCAAAGAAGUUCGAUUGGUUCCUGGUCGUCAUGACAUCGCCUUCGUGGAAUUCGAAAACGAAGUUCAGUCAGCUGGAGCUCGAGAAUCCUUGCAGGGAUUCAAAAUCACUCCAACUCAUUCAAUGAAGAUUUCUUUUGCUAAGAAAUAAUUUUGUGUUUAUGGACUCAUUGAAAUUGUUUCUUGAAUUGACAAUUAUAAAUGGGAAAUACAUGCAUUGCACCCAUUGCUUCUUCUGACCGAAGAGCAUUGCACAAAUGGGCAUCACAUCUGUGAUACCUUUUAA